GGAAGAGGAGGAGGAGGAAGCAGCAGCAGCAGCAGCAGCAGCAGCAGCUGCACAGGAGGAGGAGGAGGAGGAGCGGCGGCGGCGGCGGCGGCGGCGCUGCUGCCAUGGCGGCCCUGGAGCGGCCCGUGCCCAGUCCCGAGGCGUUCCUGGGCCAGCCCUGGGCCGCCUGGGUCCGGGAGGCCGCCCUCCCGCACACGCACUGCGCCGCCCCCCCGCACAGUGUUGACCUAGAAGAGACCGGAAAAGAGGGUGCCAACAGCAGAGAGGUGAUGAGGCUUAAUAAAGAAGAUAUGCACUUAUUUGGCCAUUAUCCAGCUCAUGAUGAUUUCUAUCUAGUAGUGUGCAAUACCUGCAAUCAGGUUAUCAAGCCACAGGUUUUCCAGUCACACUGCGAACGAAGACACGGUUCAAUGUGUAAACCUUCCUCAUCUCCAGCAUCUCCACCCUGCAAUUCCAGGGCAUCCCUAAUACAGAUGAAACCGAAAUCCUGUAUCAGUGGCCAUAACCCUGUUAACAACAACUCAAAGCCAUUCAAAACGCCCAAAGACAAUCUAAUUACCUCCAGUAGCAAACAGCACAUGGUCUUUUCUUCAAAAGUCUCAAGAGAUAAACCUUGUGUUCCUGUUCCUGUAGUCAGUCUAGAGAAAAUUCCUAAUCUAGUGAAGGCAGAUGGUGCCAAUGUUAAAAUGAACUCUACAGCCACUACCACCAUCACCACUUCCUCAGCCUCUUCAUCUACCAUACCUGCUCCAAAUAAAUCUGCUUUGACAUCUAAAUCAGUGCCACCAUCACCAGAAAAGAUUUUGAAUGGCAAAGGAGUUAUAGUUCCAUCAGUAGACAAGAAGCACCAAAAUGGCACUAAAAACAGUAACAAGUCUUACAAGAGAGUUUCAGAAAGAGAGUUUGACCCAAAUAAACAUUGUGGAGUAUUGGAUCCUGAAACAAAGAAACCCUGCACGAGAUCACUCACUUGCAAGACUCAUUCCCUUAACCAUCGGCGAGCAGUUCUGGGCCGCAAAAAGCAGUUUGACAUCCUUCUAGCUGAACACAAAGCUCGAUCCCGGGAUAAAGAAGUGACAAAAGACAAGGAACACCCACAAUCUAUAAGGGAGGUGCAUCUGAGCCAACCCAUAUCGGGGCCAGAUGUUCUGGCAGGAACAUCCAUGAACUCUGGGCAAGAACCUAAAGGGCCAUCACCUGCAAAAUCUAGACAGCCUAACUCAGUAUUUCCUAGAUCCUCCUCUACAAAUAGCAUAAACAGCAGCACUUCUUCAAAUCAUACCGGGUACGUACAAGAAUUGCCUCUACCAGCCAUGGGAGGAGAGUUACCCUGCAGAUUAUCCAGCGAUGAAGGAGAAGUAGAAGGAUCAGAAGAAGCAGAAAAAUUAGACUGCUCCUAUUCCGGGCACCAUCCUCGGCCUCUUGGGUUCUGUUCAUUUGGAAGUCACUUGAUGGGAAGAGGAUACUAUGUAUUUGAUAGAAGAUGGGAUCAUUUUCGGCUAGCACUAAAUUCUAUGGUAGAAAAACACUUGAACUCACAAAUGUGGAAGAAAAUUCCUCCUGCAGUUGAUAGUCCUAUGCCCUCUCCAGCAGCACAUAUCAGCACCCCCUUCCCAGCCUCAGUUCUGCAACCUUUCAGUAAUCCCAGCUCAGCGUAUAUCCCCUCUGCGCCCAUCAGCUCAAGAAUUCCUUCUUCCUACAUCAUGACUUCAGCCAUGUUGUCAAAUGCAACGUUUGUGACGACGUCGGAUACAAAUUCCAUAACGUCCCACUCCACCGCUUUCCCUCACGUGGCUGCCAGCUUGAGUAUCUUAGACUCGGCAUUUAAGACACCGUCUGCUAUGUCACCCGUUCCGGCGGUCAUUCCUUCCCCGUCUCACAAGCCAUCCAAAACAAAAACCAGCAAAUCCUCCAAAGUCAGAGAUAUGUUGUGUCGCAGCGACGAAUCUUCUAGUAACAAAAAGAAAAAGCUGCCCUCUUCCUCCUCGUUGUCUUUGCAGACUUCCUCCUCGUCUUCGUUUUCAGGGGCGCACAGGAAGAACUGUGUCUUGAAUCCCAGUUCCACCCUGAAUUCUUACCAGGCAACAUCUUCCUAUAACAGUAUGUCUGUGCACAAUGCAAACAACGGAACAAGCCCACUCAGUGCCAAAUCAGAGCCCUCAGGACGGACUUCGCUAUCAAGUAGCUCGGUGGACUCGGUGAAACAUAUGAGCAUUGUCGUGAACAGUAUUGACCCCUCCAGUUUGUCUGUUCCUUCCCUGGUUCACCAUUCGGGGGACCAGUCCCUAGCAGCGCACAAUGCAGUGUCUUCUUUGCCCCUUUGUUUUGACAAAUCAGAAGGGAAAAAACGUAAGAACUCUAGUCCCAGUAGCAAAGCCUGUAAAAUCACUAAAAUGCCUGGUAUGAAUAGUGUUCACAAAAAGAGCACUGCCAAUCUUAUUUCUACGGUGCCAGAUACGCCAAACAGCUCCAUCUCUCGGCCGAUUGGAAAAAACAGUGGUGUAGCUUUGUCCCAGUCCAGCCCUUCAAGUACAUCAAAUCCAAUGCACAACAAACAAAAGACAUUAAAUCGGACUGGUAGGAUAAGGACUCUUCCGUAACAAGGAAAGCAACCCUCUUUAUAUUUUUGCAGCCUACUCCAGGAGAGCUUCUUGGUUUCUGUGUCCUGCAGAUUUUUCGUAAUUUUGUGUUAAAAUCUUAUUUGAAAUCUACAUAAAAUUGUAGUAAUGGUUUACUUUAAUUUCUUACACGUAUUGGCCUCUGAGCUGUGCAAUCAGGCUUGAUUUUAAUUAAUGCCUUUGGAAGAAAAUUGCGCAUUUUCUCCUUUUUGUUUGUUGCAUCAACGGUAACAGUGGACAUUUCAAAAUAAUGCCAUUUGUGAUUAAAAUAGAUUCAACAAGCCCAUUAUUUUAAAUUUACAGUAACUUCUGUAUUAAUUAUUGUCCUCGGGAUUAAAUAAAAAUGUUUAGUGCAUUUCACAGCAGUAUAAAACUGUUGGGGGAGCACAGCCUACCUGUCAAUUUUGCUGACUUCUGGCCAUAGUGUCAGUGUUCCAGAUCCUUUCAACACACUGAAGGGUUUAUGCAUCUUGCUCCUACCAAUAUUAACAGGAAUGCUGUGUGACCAUUUCCUCAUACCUAGAUGGAGGGGCCCAAGAAAUCCAUACAAUUGCUGUCCUUCGUAAAACAUUAUUCUAAAAGACAGAAGUUGGGCGUACUGAAUUUGCAUCAGUAGAAUUGCACUGACAAUGUUUUACAGGAAUUACUGAUUUUUUUUAAAUGAAAGAUUUUGUAAUCAGGAAACCAGUAAGGUACUGCAAAAUUACUACAAAGGAAUUAACUUUUAUUUCUACAGAAUUAAAAGUGCACUUAUAUGCAGGUUUAUUUACAUCUUGGGGGAAAAUGAAAAUGAAUGCAAAUAGAUGAUUAGCUUCUUUUCUUUUAAAGUAAAGGCUUACGGCAGAUUUUAAAACAUAUGAAAUGUUUAACAACUGUAAACAAGGCUAGGCCUCUUGGGGGAAAUUAGAAAAUAUUCUCAAAAUAAUUUUUAUAAUAUUAUUCUAAUUUAUGUUUUCUUAUACUUGGGAAGUGACAAGUGUAGUUUCAUGAACAGUAUGAAACUAAGAAAAUUUAAGCAAUGGUUGUAUUUUUCAUGUAUUUUGAGUUAUGUUUUAUUGUACAUUCAGAUUGAAAAAAAUUAUGUACAUAUCUUUAUUUUUGCACAAUUUUUGUCUUCAGUUGUAGGAACAGAGCCUUGUUUUUUAAAAACUAAUUUAUUUUGUGUUGUAUAGCUGCAGGAGUUAUCAAAUUUCAGUAGCAAAACAACGCUCCAAUUAUUGAACUGCUGUUCUAUAUUUUGAGAAAAACCUGAUGAUGAUUAUGAGUUUCAGUGGCUGCUGAAGGAGCAAUUUAAUAAUGUUAAGACUUCCUUAGCUUAACAUGCAUCUAUUUUGUAGGAAGCUGGACAUUUGAGUGUGUUUUUGGAAUAAUGCUUAUAUAGCUCUUCAUUUUCAGUGACUUAGGUCUUGCAGCAUUUUGGAAACCUAAGUAUCAAAUAGAGCCCUCCACAUUAUUGUCCCCUCACAUUAAAAAAAUCAUUUAUGUAUACUAAAAUGGUAUAUAUAAUGAAAUGCAAUUUAAAAAUGGAAAUGGACUAGACCAGCCUGUAUUGUAGUGUAGCAUUUGUUAAAUAGUUUUUUUUUUUCCUCUCCAACCAUCUGCCCUUCUACACACCCCACUUGUCAGAAGACUUUGUGAUUUGUUUCCAGCAAUAGAGGCACAGAAGCUUUGGUUGUUACACAUACGCAAUGCAUAGGCCCGUCAGCCAUAUUAAAAAAAGAAAAAAGCAACUUGGAUAACUUGUAUGCCUUCUUUUGUAUCGAUGUUAACAAUUGUACAUAGUGCUGAUCAACCUUUGUAGAGAAUAGUUUAUACAGCAUAUUCUAUUAUUGCUGAUUCUCAGUGAACUCUUGUUUAAAAGAAGAAAAGAAAUUUUUCUAUCUACACCUUCUAUUUUGUUAUGCUGUUUUACCCAUGGCACUUUAAGAAAACUUUGGGUUUUACAUAGCUGGUCGGUCAUGGGAAAUAAAAAACUGUUGCACAGAAGUGAAAUUUGCACCUCCUCGAUUGUGCUUUCCUACUACAGAUUUUAGAAUCCUUUUUGAGAAGACUUUUGAAGAUAGUACAUCCAAUCAUUCUAAAAAAAAAUUGCCAUAUGUGUACAGUCGAUUUCUUUUCUACGGACCCAUAUUUUGUAACACUAUUUUCCUUCUUCUGCACCUUUUAUGUAUUAGCAGUAUCAGAGAGAACCCAUUCCAUGCUUGUGAUAAUUGUAUGUGUUGAAAGUAGAUGUAAAUAGUAAAAUUUAUGACUUACAAUUUUGGAAAAAAAGAACAAACGUGUAUCUGACUGAUACUGCCAUGGUUCAGCACCAGGCCUGGAGAUAUUCUCUAGUGGGCGAUUGUAUUUCUUUUGUUAUUUGUUAUUCGUUUGUUUUGCUUUAUUAUAAUUAUUAUAAUUAUUAUUAUUAUUAUUUGUAACAUGGCUUUGUAAAUAAAAUAAUUUAUAUGUUUCUAA